GACCUUGCCGGUCCCCCCUGGCGGAAGCGGCGGGGGGAGGUCCCCUGCGGUCCCUUUAAUUAAGGAGAAGCAGAGCCCCUUCCCACCGUUGGACGGGGGAGACGCCAUUUCCCAACGCCCCUGCGGGGUCGCAGGCCGGUUGCCGCGCCCUGUAACAUUGUGAGAACUACAAUGCUCAGAGGGCUGUGCGCUGACAGGCAGCAGCGCUUAGCCAAUGAAAGCCCAGAAUAGGGCCAUUUCCGUGCAUGCGCAACGGUAUGGGGUGGGAUUUAAGGCGUCUUCCUCGUGGUAGUCAUUUUAAGUCUUCUCUGGACGCCCCGAGAGAUCAGAAGCUCCAGGACGUCGUUGCCGAAGGGACGGGGCCUGGCAGGCGCGAGCGGAGGCCGUUGUCCCCACGGCAACGAAGCUAGUCCGAGUCUGGGCGGCGGUUCCAGGCUGCGGCGAGUUCGCCGCCGGGGCCGGUUCCGGACGGCGCUCCGGGUGUCCCCGCCAAGAUGGCGUGGCUGCUUUGAGGGACGCGGCUCAGGGCUGUGUGACCUUUGAGGACCUGGCCAUUGACUUCCCAGGAGGAGUGGGGGCUCCUAGAUGAGGUGCAGAGGCUGCUGUUCUGCUGUGUGAUGCUGGAGAACUUUGCGAUCGUAGCAUCAUUGGGUUGGGCAUGGAACGGGCACUGAAGAGACACCUUCUGAGUGGCGUGUUUCUGUUGGAAGGACUGUCAAAAGUCGGAACUCCCCGGGCAGGUCUGUCAGUCCUGAAAACACCAUUGUGAGGGAGGCGUGUGUCCCAUUUUGAAAAACAGUUUGCACCUGGCUCAGCAUCAGGCAGCAUACCCUGGACAGACACCGUACUUGGGUGGGGUGUGCAUGACAGACUUCUGAUUUAGUGCAAACCUUCCCCAGCAAAAAAAAAAAGAGUAGAGUGGAGAGAAACUCUGUCGAGGACCAUGGACAGGGCCUCGUUUGUGAAGAGCUGCAUAUUCCAUGUGUCAGGAACAGGCACCUCUGAGGAGGUUGGGAUGGACUUUCCGGCCUCUUCGGGGCUACUUCCGCACCAGGCUGCGCCCAGCAGUGAGAAGCCGCACAGUGGCAUUGAGCGUGGGGAGGCCUUUCACAGUGGAAACAGGCAGUAUGAGUGGGGUGAAUGUGGGAGCACUUUCAGCCACGAGCACACACUUCUCCAACCCCAGAGCUUCUGCACUGGAGAGGGGCUUUAUCGAUGUAACAGGUGUGGGCACCCCACCGUAAGCUGCAAGUGUCGACGUGGUAAGGGCCAGCGAACUGGCCCUCAAGAAAGGCCUUAUGAGUGUGGUAUAUGUGGGCAGUUCUUUGGCCAAAUCUCCAUCCUUGUCAAACACCAAAUAACUCACAGUGCGGAAAGGCCUUACGAGUGCAGCGAAUGUGGGAAGUCCUUUAAGCGUACCGCUGAACUCAUCAGACACUGGAGAAUCCACACAGGAGAAAAGCCUUAUGAGUGCAGUGAAUGCGGGAAAUCCUACACGCGAAGCUCCAACCUUGUUGAACACCAGAGGAGUCACACCGGAGAAAUUGGUUACGCACGUUACACCUGUGGCAUAUGUGGAAAGUCUUUUAAACAAAGCUCCAAGCUCACUCUACACAAGAGGGUUCACACAGGAGAAAGGCCGUAUGAGUGUGACCAGUGCGGCAAGUGCUUUAGCCAAAUCUCCAACCUCAUGCAACACCAGAGCGUUCACACAGGAGAAAGGCCUUACGAUUGUGCUGAGUGUGGGAGAUCCUUCAGCCGGAGGUCCAACUUCAUCGAACACCAGAAGGUUCACACAGGAGAGAGGCCUUACGAGUGUGGCGAAUGUGGGAAAUUCUUUAGCCGAAGCUCCAUCCUCAGUGAACACCAGAGGGUUCACACAGAAGAGAGGCCUUAUGAGUGUGGUGAGUGUGGGAAAGCCUAUAGACGCGUCUCCAGCCUCAUCGAACACCAGAGGGUUCACACAGGAGAGAGGCCUUACGAGUGCAGCGAUUGUGGGAAAUCCUUCAUCCGAAACUCCACCCUCACUCGGCACCGUAGAGUCCACACUGGAGAAUUCAGUGGCGAGUUCGCUGGAGAUUUCACUGAAGAGUUUACCGACGAGUUUGCUGGAGACUUCUCCUUGGAAAAUGCACUAUGAAUGCUGUGAAUGCGGCAAAUCCUUUAGCCAGUUCUCCAAUGUCAUCACCAAAAAUUUCACACCAAAAAGAGGCCUUAUGCAUGUAGCGAAUGUGGGAAAGCCUUCAGCCCCAGGAAGGGCACACGGGAGAAAGACCUCAGACCUGCAGGGAAUGUGCUGUCUCAUUUAGCGUCAGUGCAGUAGACUUUAUAUGGCAUGAAGUUGAACUCCCUACAUCUGAAACCAACAGUGGGGAAAUUCCCCACGAGUUCCAGGUGCGUGAAACUUUGAGGAGCUGCACUGCACAUUCUAACCUGCCCUGGUCCUUGCCAGAAUUAUAUCACUGCCAGUUUAUAUGGCCGAAGCCAUCAAAGCCACCACUUAGUAGGUCACCCCACUGUGCGUCAUUCAACCCACUGUCCUCAGGAAUGGCAGAUGGCUAUGCUUUCUCUCGCCUUCCCUGGAGGAAACGAGGAAUCUGAACUUUUAGGGCAUGGACUUGAUCUGGUUUUGGACAAGAGGACCUGGUCUGGGUUCUGCCAGCAGCUGCCUUAAAAGGUUUACCUUCUUCAUGCCAUUGUUGGUCUCCUGGGAUGCUCCUGAUUUAUUUUUCCAGCCAGGUCACCAACCAAGAAAUGCUUCCCAUACAUUAUUCUGGUUUGUGUACUGAUAAAGGCCUUAUUGUUUCAGCCACCUUUAAUAAUGGGGGCUCUGUUCACUGUAGUGUAGGUUGAAAACAGACUAGAGCCAGUUAGGAAUAGACGAACAGCUUUUCUCUGUGCCCACAAAUUUGUGAUUCUCAUCAUGGACAGUGUGAUGGCAGAGAGUAUUUCUCCCUCAAGUUUGGACCUUGUGUGUAUUGCCCAAGCCUCCUAGGAAAAGACUGCAGGACCCCAUGGUCCUAGUUUGUGUCCUGGCUGGGGACAGCAGAAAUGUGCCUCCUUGUUCCUAGGGGAUGUCACAUAAAUACAUCCCCGUUAUGUGAUGAAUCCCCAGGUCCUAUCAAGGAGCCAUAUGCCCUGGUGUCCAAAAUGCAAAUGAUAAUUGCUACAACGAUUCUCAGUGUCAUUAAUAGGGAGUGGGGGAUACUAGUAAACGAGAGCGAAUGUGCCUCUUUUACAUGUGCAUUGACGUAGUUCCAGAGAUGACGGCUGUGCAGCAUGGUGUUACAGAAUUUCUUGGGAUCUCCAAAUCCAUGUUUCCCCCAGAGCUUUGGUAAUCAGAGCCAGUAAUCUAAAGGGUUUCUGGAUUCUUACCGCAUUGCUGGCCUGUUGGCCUCAAGACUUGACGCGGCUGGAAAAUGAGGUUGGAGAGAAUGGAGGUGCUGUUGUCCAGCUUGUGGUGUUUGACCUGGCCAGCAUGCCUGUUGCCUCAGAUGGAAACAUUCUUCUUUGCUCAAUGCAUUUCUUGCCUCUGCUGCAGGCCUGCCCUUCCCUGCUGCAGUCAGGGAAGUUGCCCAACCUAGUUUUCUGAGGGGAAAAAAAAUUUUUUUCCCUAUUUUUAUUUUGAACUUUUUUCAAAGGAUUGAGUUAUAAUUGAUAUUUUUGACGUAAGUAUGAACCUGUGAAACCAUCAUAAGCAUGAAAAUGAACACAUCCAUCACCACCAAGUUUUCUCAGGCCCUCUUAGAGUUUCUCUUGCUCUCCCCAGCCCUCCAGGCAACUGCCUGCUUUCUCUGUUUUGACAGUAGAUUAGGUUCUAUUUUCUAGACGUUUAUAUGACUGAAAACUUAAGAUGCUGACUCUUCCCCCCACCCCCAUCCCGGUUUCCUUCAUACUGCGUAGUUCUUUUGAGAUUGAGCAAUGUUGCUUAUGUGACUACUUGAUUCUUUUUAUUGCUGAGUAGUAGUUCUGUGUAUAUGCCGCAGUUUGUUGAUUCAUUCGUAUGUUAAUGGAUAUUUGAGUUGUUUCUGGUUUUGGCUGUUACAAAUAAAUCUGUUAUGAACAUA